CAGUUUCAGCUAACUUCUCUUCCGGUCCACCCGCAAUCCUCAUCACAGCUCCGUCACGAGAGGACAUCUAUGUCUCACAGUCCAGCAUGACUAUAGCUGAUGCUGUCAAAGAACGGAGGCCUUCUUCCACACCCAUUGUAGUGGGGAGGAAAUUCAUGACCAAAAAGUGACUCAGCAUGUCCUGCCUCCGAAGAAUUCAAAGAAGGACUCAAAAUGGACUUCACAAAUAUCACCCAGAACCGCGCAAAGGACGUGUUUACAUAAGGUAUCCCAGCCGGUUCAAACUCCGGGAAAGCAAUUGGUUGUCCCUUUCGUGGCUCGGAGCAAAACAGUAUGGCGGCGCCCAUGAACUGCUGCUUGUCGAGUUGAAGCCAUUACAGUCAUAAAAGGGAGGAUAUUCGUGUCUUCUGAGGCUGAAAACUCAAGUGAACGAAUGGACACCGUAGGAGAGGACGAACCGGACCCUAUAAAGCUCAAGUCCAUUAAAAACAAUAAAACAUUCACAGUGCCUCAAAAUGACAGGUUUGGUAGCUGCAGAAGUGUCAGAGAGUUUGAGAAACUCAAUCGCAUUGGAGAAGGAACUUAUGGCAUUGUGUACAGAGCCCGAGACACCAAGUCAGAUGAGAUUGUAGCACUGAAGAAGGUCCGGAUGGACAAAGAGAAAGAUGGGAUCCCCAUCAGUAGUCUUAGAGAGAUCACCUUAUUGCUGAGGCUGAGACAUCCCAACAUAGUGGAGCUGAAAGAAGUGGUUGUUGGCAGCCAGCUGGAGAGUCUAUUUCUGGUGAUGAGUUACUGUGAGCAGGAUUUGGCCAGUCUGCUGGAAAACAUGCAGACACCAUUCUCUGAGGCUCAGGUAAAGUGCAUAGUCCUUCAGUUGCUCAGAGGCCUGGAGUAUCUCCACCACAACUUCAUUAUACACAGGGAUCUGAAGGUGUCUAAUCUGCUGAUGACAGACAAGGGCUGCGUUAAGAUCGCUGAUUUUGGGUUGGCCAGGAUGUACGGCAUCCCCCAGCAGCCCAUGACGCCUAAAGUGGUCACACUGUGGUAUAGAGCUCCAGAGCUCCUCCUAGGGUCAAAAUCCCAGACUACAGCCCUGGAUAUGUGGGCUGUGGGCUGUAUCCUGGCUGAGCUGCUGGCUCACAAACCUCUGCUGCCUGGAUCCUCUGAGAUCCAGCAGGUCGACCUGAUAGUUCAGCUGCUGGGGACACCCAAUGAAAACAUCUGGCCGGGUUUCUCUCAACUGCCCCUCAUCAGCCAGUACAGUCUGAGGAAGCAGCCGUACAACAACCUGAAGAAUAAAUUCAUCUGGCUCUCUGAUGCUGGACACAGACUGCUCAACCUGCUCUUCAUGUACAACCCACAGCGACGAGCCACUGCCAAAGACUGUCUGGAGAGUUCCUACUUCAAAGAGAAACCUCUACCCUGUGAACCAGAGCUGAUGCCAACCUUCCCUCACCAUCGCAACAAGCGGGCCGCUCUUCCGGCAGAGAGCCACUCAAAACGGAGCAAAGUGUGAUGAAGGCAGCAGUGCUGACGAGACACUUGAGUCAAAGACGACCCCAUGGUGGAAACACUCGGUAAUGUCGGUUUCUGUUCACACUGCGAGCAUGAAACGUGGAUCUGGAACUUGCAGCAAAUGCAAACCUGUUCAAACAGAAACACAGCUGAAGCCACUAAACUCCCAACACAUUUGCUAGCACAUGUAGCGUCCAGUCUAAAGGCUGAAACUGCACAUUCUGCAGUGUAGAUCCGCGCAGUAGAAAUCUCUUGUUGGGUUUCUAGAUGCUUUUAUUACUGACAAGGUCUGCACACUAAAUAAGGUGAAGGCAAUGAGGACAAAUUUGCCUUGAUAAAUAUGAGGCAUUGUGUGCAUUGUAUUGAACAUUUGUUACAUUUUAGAUGGGCUAUUACAACUGUUUCUGCUAUUUAUUGAUGCAAUCCAAUCCUAAAAUCAAACCUGUGAAAAGCCGUGACGUGAAGUAGGAACUGAACCAGCUUGCUUGAGCUCAGCCCACAGUUACACUGAAUCCAUUUUUUUAACACUGUACUGUUGAAAAUAGGAUUCAAAGUUUUUGUC